AUGUCUAAAAUAUGCACAUUGAAUUAUUUACUCUUAUGCACUGGAGUCACCAUAACCAUUAUACUAAUAUUACUCAUGAAAUCAGACCGGUUGAAUGAGAUUUUCACGCAUAGUAUGAAACCGAAUGGUUCUCAGUGCAUAAUAAAGGAUGGAAAAAAAACAUGUGCGGAUAGUAGUACAUAUCAUAAUUCAUUUAGUUCAUUUCGUCGUUUCCUGAUUUUCGAAUGUCUACUAACACUUUUGGGAUUAUGCAGUUUUGUUGUCAUUCGUCAUAGACAAAAACGAUUGGACAGAAAACUUAUUCAAAGAGUCAAUCUUCAAAUUGCCACUGGAGUUUAAUGCUACAUACAUACAUACUUUGAGGUGUAUUGAAAUGUGUAUAUUUUCACUGUGAUAACACCAUUUGUUUUUUCUCUCUCUCGUUGUAAUGAGGUUUCCUUUUCUAGCUUAAAUUUAUUGUUUCCUCUCUUUGUUGAUUAUGUUUUUCUCUUGAUGCGCAUAUACAUACUACUGUAAAGAUUUUUAUGUACAUUAUUAUUCGUUAUCGUUAGCAUAGAGAAACAACGUCUUCUGAUUGGUUGCUUUCCUGCUCAAGGUUAUUCUGUCAUCUUUUUGUGGCUGUUUCUUAAAGUCCGUCGAUAUAUCUAUCUACUAAUCGUAUCCGCCCACGCUAAGCCUGCUGUGAUUGGUUGUUUUGUUUAGUCUUUGUUCUGGUGUUUUCCUCAUGACGCUGAUUUGGGACGUAAAAAAUUGACGUCAAUUAGUACUGUCUACCAAUUUUGCCUAGCAGACAGUUCUUACCACACUUCUACUAGGUGUGCGAAUACAGUAGCAUCCAACUAUUAUGCCAUUAAUAAUAGUAAUCAUAUCUGUCGUCAUUGAGCUAAUUACACUCGUAUUACCUUAAGUGAAAUUGUUAUUGCCUAUAAAAAGUAUUCAAACGUCUUGGUUAUUAUAAUGCAUUAAAAUGUAGGGUGCAGCAGUUCUGCGGAUAAGUUGUGGCGAAG